AUGGGCUGCAACUUUGCUAAGGAGGUUUGGGGAUGCUCAUCUGAUAUCUGGCCUUUUACUUCACAGACUGGUGAUCUGUAUAGAUGGCUUUCAUCGCUGGGUUGCUCUACUCCUAAGUCUGAUCUGGACCUCCUUUCCAAAGCCCUCCUAAUUUGCUGGCAAAUCUGGGAGGCAAGAAAUAACAUGUUGUUCCAAGGUUCUAAGCUGCACCCGGCUUGUUAUAUCCAUGCUGUUGCAAAUGUGGGUUUGGAUUAUUGGCAGCUUAAUUCAUCGGUCCAGAAGGAAAAAGAUAUUCCCAUGGUGAUUAAAUGGCAUCCCCCUCCCACUUGUUGGAUUAAAAUUAACUUUGAUGGGUCUCUCAUGAACUCUCAAGCUUCCACAGGCUUUGUCAUCCGAAACUGCGAUGGUCACGUCCUUCUAGCCGGCUCCAAUAACAUUGGCGAGAAUUCCAUAAAUGCGGUUGAAAGCGUUGCUCUUCGGGAUGGUCUUGUUGCUGCUAUUGAGAGGGGUUGGGACCAAAUCAUGGUUGAAGGUGAUUCUAAACUCGUUAUUGACAGUAUCCAUGUGUUCAGGGAGGCAAACUUCAAGGCUGAUGCGGUUGCUAAGCUGGACCAUGGGUUAUCAGCGCAAGUUUGUUGGGAGCUUGUUCUUCCGCUAUCAGUUUGCUCCCCCUUUUAUUUCGACAUCUUUGGGCAUUCUUGCCCUCGGGGCUUUGUUUUGUAA